GACUCCUCCUCCGACGGCGCCGCCAAACGGAGCUCCCGCCCGCCUCCCCCAGCCGGCCCGCCCCCCGCCCAGCACAGGCGCUCCAGGCAGCCGCUCACGUUGGACGGCGCGACCGCAGAAGCCCGCUGCAGAUCCGGGCCCGGAGCCUCCAGCGCCUCGCAGCUACCGAGCCUCCCGUCUUCGGCUGAGCGGACCCCUCCGGGCGCAGUGCCCUCCUCCCGCGCCACUUUCGGCGGAGUUCACGCCGCCGCCGCCGCCUCUGGGCUGCAGGCUGCAGCGAGGGAACAUCCGAGAGGGUCCCUUCGGGAGGACCCCGACUUUGGCCGCGCCUGCCGGGUCUUGACUCCGUCUGGUCUUCCUCCCAGGGAAAGGGGCGCCCGCCUCUCCAUCUGAACACCCCGCUCUUCGGCGGGCAGCAGCGCGCGAUCCCCGCAGCGUCUCGCUCGCCUCCUCGGCGCGCCCGGACGAGUCAACCUCCCGGAGUCGAAUCCGUCCGCCUUCCCGCGCGGCGCUUCCGACGGUUGCGGUCCGUCCCCGGCGCGCAAGAUGCUGUUCGCCGGCUUCGAGCUGCUCUCCGCGCUGGCCACCGCCGCCGCCUGCCUGGCCUCGCUGACGCUGCUGCUGGCCGUCUCGCAGCAACUGUGGCAGCUGCGCUGGGCCGCCACGCGCGACAAGAGCUGCAAGCUGCCCAUCCCCAAGGGCACCAUGGGCUUCCCGCUGGUGGGCGAGACCUUCCACUGGCUGCUGCAGGGCCCCGGCUUCCAGUCCUCGCGGCGGGAGAGGUUCGGCAACGUCUUCAAGACUCACCUGCUGGGCCGGCCGCUGAUCCGCGUGACGGGCGCCGAGAACGUGCGCAAGAUCCUGAUGGGGGAGCACAGCCUGGUCAGCACCGAGUGGCCGCGCAGCACCCGCCUCCUCCUGGGCCCCAACACCGUGGCCAAUUCCAUCGGCGACGUCCACCGGCACAAGCGGAAGGUGUUCUCCAAAAUCUUCAGCCACGAAGCUCUGGAAAGCUACCUGCCCAAGAUCCGGCUGGUGAUCCAGGAGACCCUGAGGGCCUGGGGCAGGAACCCCGACCCCAUCAACGUCUACCACGAAGCCCAGAAGCUCACCUUCCACAUGGCCAUCCGGGUCCUUCUGGGGUUCCGAAUCCCAGACGGGGAGCUCAGCCAGAUGUUCGAAGUCUACCAGCAGUUCGUGGAGAACGUCUUCUCCUUACCUGUGGACCUGCCCUUCAGUGGCUACCGUAAGGGGAUUCGUGCCAGGGAGAUCUUGCAGAAGGGCUUAGAAAAAGCCAUCCGGGAGAAGCUGCAGAACGCCCACGACAAAGACUACCUGGACGCUCUGGACCUCCUGAUCGAGAGCGGCAAAGAACACGGCAAAGAACUCACCAUGCAGGAGCUGAAGGAUGGCACCCUGGAGCUGAUCUUCGCUGCUUAUGCCACCACCGCCAGUGCCAGCACCUCUCUGGUUAUGCAGCUGCUGAAGCACCCGGCGGUCCUGGAGAAACUCCACGAAGAGCUGAAGAACAAGGGCCUCCUGCACAACGGCUGCCUCUGCGAGGGGGCCCUUCGGCUGGAGACCAUCCACGGCCUCCGCUACCUGGACUGCGUCAUCAAGGAGGUGCUCCGGCUUUUCACCCCCAUUUCGGGGGGCUACCGGACGGUGCUGCAGACCUUUGAGCUGGAUGGCUUCCAGAUCCCCAAAGGGUGGAGCAUCAUGUACAGCAUCCGAGACACUCACGACACGGCGCCCGUCUUCAAAGACGUGGACGCCUUCGACCCCGACCGCUUCAGCCAGGAGCGCAGCGAAGACAAGGAUGGCCGCUUCCACUACCUGCCCUUCGGCGGAGGGGUUCGGACCUGUCUGGGGAAGCACCUGGCCAAGCUCUUCCUCAAAGUGCUGGCCAUCGAGCUGGCCAGCACGAGCCGAUUCGAGCUGGCCACCAGGACUUUCCCUCCGGUGACUCUGGUGCCGGUGGUCCACCCGGUCGAUGGACUCAAGGUCAAGUUCUUCGGCCUGGAUUCCAACCAGAACGAGAUCUUGACAGAGAGAGAGGCCCUGCUGGGGGCCACCGUGUAGGCCGAGGGCUCCUCUGGGCUGGCCAGGUGGAAGGGACCGGAGCGGAGAGGGGGAAGGAAGAAGCUCGGCCCACCGCGCGCGAGGGAGGAGGCCGGACCUCGGUGGACACAUUUGGCAAAGCCGCCUCCAGGGAACAGGCCAAAAACUGUGCGGGUGUUUUACUCUGGGGGCGAACAGCGGAUUUCUCCCUCGCGGCUUCUCUUCGGUUUGUGUUUGAACACCGGCGAGAAGCGAAUUGUGUUGACCAUAAUCAGCGUAUGUAUGUAUGUGUGUGUGUAUGUAUGUAUGUAUAUACACGUACUUCCAAGGGUUAAUCAGGCAGUGCCAUCCCACGCCAGUUGGGGACUCUUCUUGUCUUUGCCAUCCAAAAUGGCCAAGGGAAUCCCCGGAGGGCCCCCCCGGGGGGGGGGCAGGAGGGUGGGAAGGAGCCCUCCAGGCGGGCAUGCUUGGGCUCAGGCAUAAGGGCAGCACCCAGGAAGGGAGGGGACCAGGAAGAUGGCUGGGGAUGGAAUCCCCACGUUUUUGGCAGGGCAGGAGACUCGAGGCACUUUGGCAAAGCUUUGAGGUGGGGCCUGGGGUCUGCACAGCUGCCCUCAAAGCUCAGAGGAGUCUCAGCUUCUCUUGGGUCGUCUUC